CCACAAUGCGAAAAGAAAAGCUCCACAUCAACAUCGUGGUCAUCGGCCAUGUCGACUCUGGAAAGUCCACCUCCACCGGUCACCUGAUCUACAAGUGCGGAGGAAUCGACAAGAGGACGAUGGAGAAGUACGAGAAGGAAGCUGCCGAGAUGGGCAUGGGCUCCUUCAGGUACGCCUGGGUGCUGGACAAGCUGAAGGCCGAGCGUGAGCGUGGUAUCACCAUCGACAUCGCUCUGUGGAAGCUUGAGACCACAAAGUACAGAGUGACCAUCAUUGAUGCUCCUGGACACAGGGACUUCAUCAAGAACAUGAUCACUGGAAUCCUCUGUCGUCGCUUUGCUGUGCGACACAUGAGGCAGACUGUGGGUGUCGGCGUUGUCAGCACCAAAAUGUUCACCAAUGAACACAGUCCUGGCCUGAACGGAUCUAUUAAACUGUAUGUAGAGACAGCGCCACCUACUGGCAACAGGAAGUAA